AUGUCUGCCACCGACGCCAAUGGCACCGCAGAUGGCGCCGCCGACAUCAGCAAGCUCCUGUGGGAACACCCCGACCCCAAGUCCACCAAGAUGUGGGACUUCAUGCAAAAAGUAAACAAGAAGCACGGCAAGACCUACCAUACCUACACGGAUCUCUACCAAUGGAGCAUAGACAACGUCGCCGAUGCCUGGGCCGACAUCUGGGACUACUGUGGCAUCCGACACUCCCAGCCCUACAAGCAGGUCGUACAGGAUGCCAACACCAUGUUCCCUCGUCCCGCAUGGUUCGAGGGAGCCAAGUUGAACUUUGCCGAGAACCUGUUAUACCCCACCAACGAGCCCAAGGAGACCGAUGUGGCCAUCAUCGCCGCCACCGAGACCACGAGGGAAGAGGUCACGUGGAAGGAGCUGAGGGAGCGGGUGCACAAGUGUCAAGGGGGAAUGCGAGCUGCCGGGUUGAAGGAGGGCGAUCGAGUUGCGGGCUACGUUGCCAACCACACCAGUGCCUUGGUUGCCAUGCUUGCUGCGACGAGUUUGGGUGCCAUCUGGACCGCGGUCAGCCCCGACACCGGCGUGACUGCUGUCCUGGACCGAAUGGUGCAGAUUGAGCCCUCCUUGCUCUUCACCGACAACGCCGUCAUGUACAAUGGCAAGACGCAUCCCGUCCUACCCAAGGUCAAGGAGAUUAUUGAGAACCUGCCGUCCCUGAAAGCCACCGUCGUCUUCGAAACCAGCCCGUCGAUGGACACGAAGAUUGAAGGAGCACAGCAGGGCAAAGUCAUACCCUACAAAGACUUUACGAGCAAAGCUGCAGAGGGCAAGAUGGAAUUCGCACAACUGAACCCAGACCAACCCGUGUAUAUCCUGUAUUCCUCGGGAACGACCGGGGCGCCAAAGUGUAUCGUGCACGGCGCCAUCGGCACGUUGAUCCAACACAAGAAAGAGCACAUCAUUCAAGGCGACAUUCGGCCGGGAGAUCGGCUCAUGUACUUCACUACAUGCACGUGGAUGAUGUGGCACUGGCUUGUUUCCGGUCUGGCUGCUGGUGCAACGUUGGUCUUGUACGACGGCUCGCCCUUCCAGUACCUGGCAGACGGGAAGUCGGCCAAGGACAAUUUGGCAAUGCCCAAGUUGAUUGACGAGCUCGGCAUCACACAGUUUGGCACCAGUGCCAAGUUCCUGUCUGUCCUGGAGCAAGCCAAUGUCAUGCCCAAAGAGCACGGCCUCACACUGAAAACACUCCGCGCCAUCUAUUCCACCGGCUCACCACUGGCGCCCUCAACAUUCAAGUACGUCUACCAAGCAUUUGGACAGGUCAAUCUGGGAUCGAUUACCGGCGGCACAGACAUCAUCUCUCUCUUCGGCGCGCCGAGUCCCCUUCACCCGGUGUAUGUUGGAGAAGUGCAAGUUCUGGGUCUUGGCAUGGCGGUGAAGGCGUGGGACAGCGAAGGCAAGGACGUCAGCAAGACAGGAGAGCCAGGCGAGCUCGUGUGUGUGAAGCCAUUCCCGUGCCAACCCGUGACUUUCUGGGGCAAGGAAGGGAACAAGAAGUAUCAGUCCAGCUACUUUGACCAGUUCCCCGGCGUGUGGGCGCACGGCGACUUCAUCCGUUUCAACCCCGAGACAGGCGGCCUCUUCAUGCUCGGGCGGUCAGAUGGCGUGCUGAAGCCCAGCGGCGUCCGCUUCGGCAGCGCGGAAAUCUACAAUCUCCUCCUUAAGCACUUCCCCGACUCCAUCGAAGACGCGCUGUGCAUCGGCCGAAGGCGCGAGCAGGAUACCGAUGAAACGGUGGUGCUAUUCUGCAAGAUGAAGGAGGGAGAGAAGUUUAGCAGCGAGCUGGCGGAUGGAAUCAAGAAGGUGGUUAGGAAGGAGUUGAGCGCGAGGCAUGUGCCGGGCGUGAUUGAUGAGUGUCCGGAGAUUCCGGUGACGGCGAAUGGCAAGAAGGUGGAGGGCGCGGUGAAGCAGAUUUUGAGCGGGACGAACGUCAAGACGAGCGCUAGUGUGGUGAAUGCUGGUUGUUUGGAUUGGUACCGGGAUUGGGCGAAGAAUCAUUGA